UUUUAUAGCUCACUUCCUUUGCUUUGAGAGAUGACCAACCCCACAGCCACCCUCCCACCGGGGUUCCGUUUCCACCCCACCGACGAGGAGCUCAUACUUCACUACCUUCGCCGCCGUGCCAGCGCCGCCGACUCCUCUCCGGUGCCCAUCAUCGCCGACGUUGAUAUCUAUAAGUUCAACCCAUGGGAUCUCCCUUCAAAAGCAAAGUUUGGAGAGAGAGAAUGGUACUUCUUUACACCAAGAGAUAGGAAAUAUCCAAAUGGUGUAAGACCAAACAGAGCUGCAGCAUCUGGUUACUGGAAAGCCACUGGAACUGAUAAACCAAUCCAUUCAACAUCUUCAUCAUCAGCAUCAUCUUCAUCAUCAUCAACUUCUCUCACACCAACUACUGUAACUCAUCCUCAUUCAUGCAUUGGUGUUAAAAAAGCUCUUGUCUUCUACAAAGGCAAACCUCCUAAAGGUUCAAAAACCAACUGGAUCAUGCAUGAGUAUAGACUCAUCUCUCAACCUCAAAUUCCCAUUCAUUCCUUCAAACCCUUCCCUCUUAGAGACUCCUCCAUGAGGCUUGAUGAUUGGGUGCUGUGCCGAAUAUACAAGAAGAACUACCAUGUGUCAAAUGAAAGAGAUCAUGAACAAGAAGAAGAAGAAGGAGAAGAAGAAGAUAAACACUCAUUGAUAAUCACUAAACAUGAUCAUGAUCAUCAUCUUCACAAGUCUUCAUCUUUGUCUGAACUUCUCAACCAACUGUUUGAUAAUCCUUCUGAGAUUCUUGGAACUUUAGAACAAAAUGAUCAUGAUCAUCAUCAAGUACUCUUGAAUGUUAACAAUAUUACUGCUACUGAGAACUGUCACAAACGCUUGUUAGAAGAUGGUGGUGAUCAUCAUCAACCAAGUUUCAAGAAGAUCAACACUAGCACUACUACUACAACUACUACUUCUUCAUGCUUGAUGAUGAACCAGCCCUUUCUUUUCAAUCAACAGAUACUCUUGAACUCUCACUUGGGAUUGCAUCAUUAAUUAAUGUGCAUAUAUAUAUUUAAUUAGUUUGGUACUUUGAACUUGAUCAUGAAGUUGUUGUGUUUGACUUGUAAGUUUGAUUUUAUGUUUAAUCAAAUUAAAGAACCUUGAGGUCUUUUUCUUUGA